AUGUGUCCUUCUCUGAAGAGUAAGCAACAAGUUAGGCACGGGACUGGAUCUCAUUUCAGAGACAGAAAUGGAAAUUGUCAACCCACCUCAGUGUGCAUUUCCUCCAGGCUUCAAGGUAACAUUGCAGGAUACACAGGCGCUGAAAUCACCCAAACAGAAAGCCUGGUACUGGCAAAAGGACAGACGGCCAACCUGACAUGCAGACAAACUGAUACUCACAACAAUAUGUACUGGUAUCAGCAGCAGCAGGGGAAGGGACUGCAGCUGAUUUAUUAUUCUGUUGCUGAAAAAAACACGGAGGAGGGUGAUAGUAAAUCUGGAUUCUCGGCCUUCCGACCAGAGAUCCAAGUAUUUUAUUUGGACAUCCCCUCUGUGAAGCCAGAACACUCAGCUGUUUAUUUCUGCGCUAGCAGUUUAGACACAGCACUUCAGAGUCACCUCCUCCCUCUACAAAAACUACCCCCACACUCUCUCCAAGACAGCUUCUCCUCCAAACUCCACAUGAGAGGGAGAUCAGGCUGCUCUCAUACAGAGAGAAAUAGCAUAGUAAUAACACAAGGCUCCAUCUACACUACACGGUUUUUGCGUAAAAACAGCAAUUUUAGCACAAAAACCCACGAAGCAUGCCUCAAGCACAUCUUUUCGCAAGAAAAUGUACAGUGA